GAAUUGAGCCGGGGGUGUGGAGCAGCCAAGAUGGAGCCGGCAGUCGCCGGUCCCGGCCCUCUGAUUGUGAACAACAAGCAGCCCCAGCCGCCACCUCCGCCACCGCCUGCCACCGCACAGCCUCCUCCCGGGCCGCCGAGGGCCGCCGGAGGCCUCCUGCCGGGGGGCAAAGCCCGCGAGUUCAACCGCAACCAACGCAAAGACUCCGAGGGUUAUUCUGAGUCUCCAGACCUGGAGUUUGAGUAUGCCGACACAGACAAGUGGGCUGCAGAGCUCGCAGAGCUUUACAGCUAUACAGAAGGACCAGAAUUCAUGAUGAAUCGAAAAUGCUUUGAGGAGGACUUCCAGAUCCAUGUGACAGACAAGAAGUGGACUGAGCUGGAUACCAACCAGCACCGUACCCAUGCCAUGAGGCUUCUGGAUGGCUUGGAAGUCACUGCCCGAGAGAAAAGACUCAAGGUGGCCCGAGCAAUUCUCUAUGUUGCCCAAGGAACCUUUGGAGAGUGCAGCUCAGAGGCAGAAGUGCAAUUCUGGAUGCGCUACAACAUCUUUCUGCUCCUGGAGGUGGGCACGUUCAAUGCCUUGGUGGAGCUUCUGAACAUGGAAAUAGAUAACAGUGCCGCAUGCAGCAGUGCAGUGAGGAAGCCUGCCAUCUCCCUGGCUGACAGCACAGACCUGAGGGUCCUGCUCAACAUCAUGUACCUGAUUGUGGAGACUGUUCACCAGGAUUGUGACAGUGACAAGGCCGAGUGGAGAACAAUGCGACAGACCUUCAGAGCUGAGCUGGGUUCCCCUCUGUACAACAAUGAGCCAUUUGCCAUCAUGCUGUUUGGGAUGGUGACCAAAUUUUGCAGUGGUCAUGCCCCCCACUUCCCCAUGAAGAAAGUUCUCUUGCUGCUCUGGAAGACUGUGUUGUGCACACUGGGUGGCUUUGAGGAGCUUCAGAGCAUGAAGGCUGAGAAGCGCACUCUUCUGGGCCUUCCCCCCCUGCCUGAGGACAGCAUCAAGGUGAUCCGGAACAUGAGGGCUGCCUCCCCACCAGCCUCUGCCUCGGACCUGAUUGAGCAGCAGCAGAAGCGGGGCCGACGGGAGCACAAGGCUCUGAUAAAGCAGGACAAUCUAGAUGCCUUCAAUGAGCGGGAUCCCUAUAAGGCUGACGACUCUCGGGAGGAGGAAGAGGAGAAUGAUGAUGACAACAGCCUGGAGGGGGAGGCUUUUCCCCUGGAGAGAGACGAGGUGAUGCCUCCCCCACUACAGCACCCUCAGACCGACAGACUCACCUGCCCAAAAGGGCUCCCUUGGGCUCCAAAGGUUAGAGAGAAAGACAUUGAGAUGUUCCUUGAAUCCAGCCGCAGCAAGUUCAUAGGCUACACUCUAGGAAGUGACACCAACACAGUGGUGGGGCUGCCAAGGCCAAUCCACGAAAGCAUCAAGACACUGAAACAACACAAGUACACAUCGAUUGCAGAGGUCCAGGCACAGAUGGAGGAGGAAUACCUUCGCUCUCCUCUCUCAGGGGGAGAAGAGGAAGUUGAACAAGUUCCUGCAGAAACCCUCUAUCAAGGCCUGCUCCCCAGCCUGCCUCAGUACAUGAUUGCCCUCCUGAAGAUCCUACUGGCUGCAGCUCCCACAUCAAAAGCCAAAACAGACUCGAUCAACAUCCUGGCAGAUGUUCUGCCUGAGGAGAUGCCCACCACAGUGUUGCAGAGCAUGAAGCUGGGUGUGGAUGUGAACCGCCACAAAGAGGUCAUCGUUAAGGCCAUCUCUGCCGUGCUGCUGCUGCUGCUCAAGCACUUUAAGUUGAACCACAUCUACCAGUUUGAAUACAUGGCACAGCACCUGGUAUUUGCCAACUGCAUCCCUUUGAUUUUGAAGUUCUUCAAUCAAAACAUCAUGUCCUACAUCACUGCUAAGAACAGCAUUUCCGUCUUGGAUUAUCCUCACUGCGUGGUGAAUGAACUUCCAGAGCUAACUGCAGAGAGUCUGGAAGCUGGUGACAACAACCAGUUUUGCUGGAGGAAUCUCUUUUCUUGCAUCAAUCUGCUUCGGAUCUUGAACAAGCUAACGAAGUGGAAACACUCAAGGACCAUGAUGCUGGUGGUGUUUAAGUCGGCGCCCAUCCUGAAGCGGGCUCUGAAGGUGAAGCAGGCCAUGAUGCAGCUCUACGUGCUGAAGCUGCUCAAGGUGCAGACCAAGUAUCUGGGGCGACAAUGGCGCAAGAGCAACAUGAAGACGAUGUCUGCCAUCUACCAGAAGGUGCGGCACCGGCUGAACGAUGACUGGGCAUACGGCAAUGAUCUUGAUGCCCGGCCAUGGGACUUCCAGGCAGAGGAGUGUGCUCUCCGUGCCAACAUCGAACGCUUCAAUGCCCGACGCUAUGACCGGACCCACAGCAACCCUGACUUCUUGCCAGUGGACAAUUGCCUGCAGAGCGUCUUGGGCCAGCGGGUAGAUCUUCCUGAGGACUUCCAGAUGAACUAUGACCUAUGGCUAGAAAGAGAGGUCUUCUCUAAGCCCAUUUCCUGGGAAGAGCUGUUGCAGUGAGGAGGGCUGAAGAGGACCAUGAUCUAUCUCAUACCUGAGGGACUGGCCUCACCAUUGCUGCAGUGCUUCUGUUCCCCUCCAGGUGGCAGCACAGCUCCAUUGAGUCCUCCACAGCCAGCCCUGGGCCUGGGAGUGAACACAGGUUGGCCUCUGGUUGAUUCCCAGUAUCCUUUUCAGGAGCAGUCAUCUCCAAGCUGGGAUCUAGUCUUCCUCCACUUCCCCAGCUUCUACCCUCCUCUCUUGGAUAUGAUGGAUUGAAACUCAUUUCACAAGUAGCUGGGAAGAGCUGAGAUGGGCUUUGCAUCCCUUCUCAGCAGCAGCUGUAACUUGAGGUCACACUGACUCCUGAGCAGUUCUGGCAUGUCAGUUGGUCAAGAAGGAGGGUUGGCAUGAGGGCCAAGAACAGAAUCAACGCCUUGGUCGUGCGCUGGGGUAUCCCGUGCUGUUCCAGCAUCCUGCUGAGUUCUGUUCAGAAGUGAUAGAUUCCACAGCCUCUGCACCCUGGUUUUGGAUGUGGUCAAAGGUGGAGUGAGGCUUCCCGAAGCCAGAGGUGCUGGUUUCCUCUUGAUUGCCAUGGCCUGUAAAUAUACAAAACUCAGUGUGAUCACUUGUGUCAUGGUGGGGUUUUUAAUGUGUUUGUGUAUUCUGUUUACAUUAAAAGAAAGCAAAACUGUC